UUGACUGGCGGUCGGCUCUUGGCUGUAAAUUAUUCUUGUCCAUCAGUCAAUAUUUAAAUUUCCUGUGAUCAAAUAAUUAUAAAAAUGUUAUAAAUUUAGUGAAAUUUUUGUGAAAAUAAUGAAAAUGUCGUAAAAGAAAGAAAAAGAAAAAAAAGCACAAAAAUGGCUAAUGUAAAAGCAGCUCCAAACGAACAACCAAAAAUACCUCCACCGCCACAGCUAAUACCAAAGAUCAUAAACGGCGGCAUCGCGGGCAUCAUCGGCGUGUCGUGUGUGUUCCCCAUCGACUUGGUGAAGACGCGGCUGCAGAACCAGGUCAUCGGCCCCAAUGGCGAGAAACAGUACAAAAACAUGUUGGAUUGUUUUAAGAAGACGUACGCCGCAGAGGGGUACUUCGGCAUGUACCGCGGCUCGGCGGUCAACAUCAUCCUCGUCACGCCCGAGAAGGCCAUCAAGCUGGCCUGCAACGACAUGUUCCGCUACUACCUCACGCUGCCUGACGGGAGCCUGCCGGUAUUCCGGCAGAUGAUAGCGGGCGGCGGCGCGGGCGCGCUUCAGAUCGUCGUCACCACCCCCAUGGAGCUGCUCAAGAUCCAGAUGCAGGAUGCGGGCCGUCUGGCUGCGCAGGCGAAGAAAGAGGGCAAGAAGUUCGAGCGCCAGACGGCGAUGCAGCUGAUCAAGAAGCUGCUGGCCGAGCGCGGCAUCAUGGGGCUGUACAAGGGGCUCGGCGCCACCGCCGCGCGGGACAUCUCCUUCAGCGUCAUCUACUUCCCCACCUUCGCCAUCCUCAACGACUUGGGGCCCAUGCAGCCCGGCGCCACCGGCCCGCCCUUCUGGUGGUCGUUCAUCUCGGGCUGCACGGCGGGCUGCAUUGCGGCGGUGGGCGUGACCCCGCUGGACGUGGUGAAGACGCGCAUGCAGACACUCACUAAGGGCGCCGGCGAGCGCCAGUAUUCCGGCAUCGUCGACUGCAUCACGUCGACGCUCAAGAACGAGGGUGUGAUGGCGUUCUUCAAAGGCGGCGCCUGCCGAGUGAUGGUGAUCGCGCCGCUGUUCGGCAUCGCGCAGGCCAUCUACUACCUCGGCAUCGGGGAGACGCUGCUCGGCAUCCCCAGAUAAACGACAUCGACAUCACGAUAACGCGGAAUCUACGAUUCAAAUAUUAUCAGCUGGCGCUGAUCGCAAUCGGUGGGUGAGCGUUGGAGUUAAAAUGUUCUAUUGUUGCUCUGUAUGUGUUAUAUUCUGUGAUGUGAUGGAAGUUUAAUUGAAAAUUACUAGUUCUCUUUGGGAGUAAAUGGGUUUUUUAAAAACCGGCGAGCUACAUGAGCCAGUCGAUAUUCUAACAGUCGACUAUUAAAACUUGCAAAAUUGAUUUAAAAAACUUAUUUGAAACAUGAGACUCAGUAAACUGAUAUUCCAAAUCCUAUUCGAUAUAUGGACGGUUAUUGUUCGGAAUCAUUGCACACUUUUUAUUAUUGUUGAAAAUCAAUCGUGUUUACGUUGUAAGCUCCUCUGUUACGCUUAUAGCUCAAUUAUUUAAAAUUAUACUUUAAGUUACUUAAGUCAAGAGCAAUUCAGUGAUAUUAUUUUAUUUUUUGUUACCGUAAUUUUAUUAUAACUGUUGCAGUAAAGGCUAGCUGAUUCAUGAAAUAUAAUGAAUUUUGUAUGUAUAAUUUUAUUCUUUAACAUGGUGCGUGAGUUCUUAAAGAUUUCGUUAUACUGAAUCCGCUUAUAACAAAUAAACAAAUUUCUAUUACUGUUGGAAUUAAAUGAUAAAUUGUACUGCAAAACGUCAUUAUUUCGCAAAGUAAGCAAAUAUGUAUAACUACUAGGCUGUGUAUGUUUUGUUAUUUUAUUUUUAUAUAUAUUUGAUUGCUGCCUUUACAAUAUACCUACCUUACACAUAUGAGCUGUGGUGGAUGAGAAAUAUUAUGAAGUAAAAUAAUGUGAUAGGUACUUUGUUCUGUCCAAAAGAACACUCCUAAAGACAUCCGACCGCCAUUAUUAACUUUAGUCGCUUGUUUAUAUUAAUUUAGAGUUGUUAUGUUUUAUCAGUGAUGAUGACAAUAAUAUCAUGCGUGUAAAAUAGUCAACUAGGUAGAAUGAAAUUAACUAAAUUCGUGCCCAAUUUUAUCAAUGACAAUUGAAUGAUGUAUGUGGUGUGUUUCUGUAGAAUACGAUUCUCAUCUCGAUAGUCACUGAUAAGACUAUCGUAUACAGUAUGUAAACUAACGAAAACCAUUUACUGUAACCCGUAAAUGUCCAGGUGAUACUGAGAAACUUUUACUAUGGGAUCAACCCCGAAAUCACGAAAAUAUCUU